AUGGUCGCCUCUCAAACUGCUGUCGCGCCGUCAAUAGUGUUGGUUAAUUUCUUUCGCUAUCGGCGCACGAUCGGACGGAAUGAGAUCGAAACGCGAUUCGGCGUAAUCGCCGUGAGGGGCCGGGGGCGGGGGUUCCCAGCUAAGGCAACCGAGCGCCGCGCAGUCCGUCGCGCGACGCGGCAAAAGUUGCGUCGGCGAUCGUACUCGACGAAAAAUGGCCGCGCGCGCCGCAACCCGCAAGUGAAUCCGAAGCGACCUUUGCGACGCAACGUGUUCGAUGGGAGGAAAAUGAGCGAGGAAACGGAACAGGACGCCUCCAGCAACUGGGAGCUGAACGGUCUGAACUCGCUGGACCUGUGGGAUUACACCGUCGAACUGGAGUGCCUGCAAGGAACCGAAGAUUUGCAGCUCGCUGCAGAACUGGGGAAGACCCUAUUAGAAAGGAACAAAGAAUUGGAGACAGCUCUUCGCCAGCAUCAGAAUGUUAUUGAGGAUCAAGCGCAAGAAAUCGAGUACCUAACAAAGCAAACGGUCGCGUUGCGCGAGGUCAACGACUCAAGACUGAGGAUAUACGAGCAGCUCGAGGUUAGCAUCCAAGACUUGGAGCGCGCAAAUCACAGGCUAGCCGUCGAUCAUGCCGCCGAUAAGAAGCACAUCAAAACAUUAUGCUCGAACAUCGAGACCCUGGAGGGGAGGUGCGAGGAGCUUCAAAAGACUGUGGACGACCUGAACGCCCAGCUGGAGAUAGUGAGGCGCAGGGCCGAGAGGAAACCGGACGGCGUGGACAGGCCUAGGGAGAAGGAGAGCAAACCAGUGGAGACGGUCGCGCAGAAUACAAAGAGGCCUAGCGUGAACAGCACUCCAGUGAAGGUUUCGCCCAUUCCCGAGCUGACUAAAGAGGAUGAGGAUUUGCUCAGGCUGAGCGACGAGCUGAGGGAGAACAAGGCGGCGUUCGCGCAGGAGCAGCGCCGCGUGACAGAGCUCGAGGAGCAGCUGGCGUCGAUGGUGCAGGAGAACAACAGGCUGCAGGAGCAGAUGAGGAACUGGCACCAGCGGGACGACGAGCCGAAGUCCAUGCACGAGGAGUUCUCGAUUCUGGACGAAGUGAGACAAGGGCAGCUUUGCAUCAGAUGCUUACGAGGCGUUGAAAGGGGCGACGACAUGUCGUCUAUUCUCGAUGGUGAUGAUGACGAUAGGAGCGCGAUCAGCUCGCUGAUCCUAACGCCAACUGGCCAAGACAGCCCUAGAGAGGAUCACGUCACCAGCAAACUUAUCAAAUUCGACAAUGCCAAGGAAAAAUUACUCCAGGGUAUAUGGGCGAAAAAGGACGACGGCCAAGAAAAUCCCUACAGGGAGCUGGUGCAGAAGUACGAGGCACUCCUGGAGGUGCAGCUGUCACAGGUUAAGAAUAUAAGGAAGAACAAGGAGAGCUCGCCGCCGCAAAACCAAUCCGGUCCGCUCUCGCUGCAGGACGCGCUGCAAACGUCAGGCGACUACAGUCAGUUCAGCGUCAAGGACACCGACGAGGAGAGCGGGCACGGCGAGGAGGCGCCCAAGGACAACCAGCCCAAGAAAGCGGAGCCGACCUCGCGCAAGAAGAUCAUCCAGACGCCGGACUUCUCCGAAGCGGAGACCUCCAGCUCGGGAUUCUCCGACGAGACGAGCAACAAAGCCACGCAGACCGAGCGCGAGAGGCCCGGCUCAUUCCUGUGCACGAUCGCCGACGGCGAGGACUACAGGUUCAGCAUUUACGACGACGUCAGCCCGAUGGACAGCCGCUUCCGCAACAGGCCCGAGUACCGCGAACUGUUCAAGGAGAUAUUCACCAUCCUCAAGAAGGCCGCGGAGAAUAAGGACGAGGGCGAGAGGCUGCCACUCCUCGACGACACCGCCGCCAACAAGGUGCCACCCGUGACGCCGGCCACCGAGGAGCCGCUGGGCAACUUCACGGACGACACACAGAGCGUGCUCUCUUCCGCGAUGUCCGAGCAAUCGCUUCCUGUAUCCGACAUGACGGCACCGGAAACGCCGACGCUGAAGGAGAUGGAGAUACCCGCAGCGGAGCCCGCUAAGAAACAGGAGACCGAGAGGAAGCGGGAAGAGAGCAAGCCGGCGACGGAGGCGCACGUCGAGCGGGCGAAGGGGGCAGAGCGCAAGAAAACGGCGGACGAGAACAAGCGGGAGACGGAGAAGGAGAAGGAAAGGGAGAAGGAGAACGACAAGGAGCGCGUGCUGACGCCGCUCGUGCGCCAGCCGCUCGAGUACAUAGCGGCGACCAGGAAGAAGUCGCGCCACCGCAACAGGAAACAGAGCCAGGAGCGGCAGGGCGCCGACUCGCCCGUGUUCCCGACGCCGCCCAAGAUCACGUACCAGAAGCAGUCGAACAGGAAGCGGCGCGACUACAGGCCGAUCGAGGCCAGCCCGCUGGUGAGGGCCAGCGAGACCGAGUGGAACGGCAACACGGUGCAGUUCUACAACCGCAACAUGGUCCACUCGCCGACACCGAGCAGCGGGCGCACCGGCAACAUCUACCAGGGCUGGAACUCGGAGACGGACACGUGGGACAUGAAGCAGAGCACCGCCUCCCAGGAGAUACACAAGCUGAGGAAGCUGGAGCUCUCCUACGCGGAGGUGCUCAGGAACGCGGAUAAGACGAAAAACCGCCGCAAGAAACACCAG